AUGUCUCGACCCAAGUCCAUCCUCAUCCUCGGUGCCGGCGAACUCGGUGAUCAGAUUGUCUUGAAUCUGGCAAACCAUCAAGCUCGUGCCGACACCGAGAUUGUCCUGCUCUUGCGCCCGUCGACCAUUGAAACCCAAGACGAAGCCAAAAAAGCGAGGAUUGCCAAGUACAGACAGAGCAAGGUCUCUAUUAUUCCUGGCGAUGUAGCAGCAGCCACUCAGUCAGAGCUCACAGCUCUCUUCAAGCCUUUCGACAUUGUGAUUGGGUGCACGGGCAUGGAAAUGCCACCGGGAACGCAGACAAAGAUUGCACGAGCUGCCCUGGAUGCAGGCAUCCCCAAGUUCUUCCCUUGGCAGUUCGGCCUCGAUUACGACGUCAUCCAACGCAACACAAAGCACGAUCUCUUCGCCGAGCAAGUUGCCAUCCGCGAUCUGCUCAGAGCCCAGAAACAGACGCAGUGGGUCAUUGUGUCAACGGGCAUGUUUCUCAGCUUCCUGUUUAGGAAAGAUUUCGGACUGGUCGAUCUCGAGAAUGCCAGAUUCACCGCCAUCGGAAGCUGGGACAACACUCUCACGGUCACAGCGGUGGAAGAUAUUGGCAACGUCGUCGCCGAGCUCAUCUUUGUCACUCCGCAAGAGGACGGUGUCGUCUAUAUUUCCGGUGAUUCCAUCUCUAUGGAUCGGCUCGCCAACAUAGUGCAAGACAAACUUGGCAGAAACGUCGAGAGAAGCCUCAAAUCAGUCGAUCAGUUAGAGCAAGAACUUGCUAACGAUCCCACCAACCAGAUGCGUAUGUACAGGAUCACUUUUGCUUCUGGGCUUGGGACGCACUGGGAUCAUGAAAACACCUAUACAGCACGCAGAGGUUUGUCAACAAUCUCUGUGGCUCAAUGGGCGGCGAAGAAUCUCAAGUAA